GUAGCGCUCGUGUAAUAAAUAGUUAAAUACUGGCUAUUAUUUACGGAUAAAUGCCCAAUUCUGUCUGAUUAUUAUUUUACUAACGAUCUAAUUAUUUUGCCGACAAUAUAAAUAGAUUUAUAUAUAUAAAUAAAUCUGUUUAUUGUCGGAAAAAUGAUUUAAAUUGAUAGGUUAAAAUACUCGGUCAAUAACCUUCAAUGCAAACAAUAUUGAUCGAUAAAAUUAAGCCUUUUCAAUUAUUUUCGAUCCUCACCGAGUGAUUAAGAUGGUCACGUAUUGUGACCAUAUGGCUGUGGUCUUUGAUGGCAUCUCGUCAGUGUAAUGUCACUUACAUGCCGGUGGGUGAUGCAAUUGGGUGUAAUUGACCAGAUUAACAUUACAGUGAAGAAACAAUAAAAGCAGAAGAGAUUUACUCAGUUAUUGACGAUCUACUUUAAAAAUGCCAACUAUUGGGGUAAAACGUGAUUUACUGUUCAAAGCGUUGGGCAAGACAUAUUCCGAUGACGAGUUCCAAAACUUGUGCUUCAAGUUUGGUUUGGAAUUAGAUGAAGUGACAACAGAGAAACAAAUGAUAGCAAAGGAACAAGGUUCUGACCACGAUAUUGAUGCAUCCGACGAGAUCAUUUAUAAAAUUGACAUACCUGCUAACAGAUAUGACCUUCUGUGCUUGGAAGGUUUAAGUACUGGACUGCUUAUCUUUCUAAAUAAGAUAUCCAUUCCACGUUACAAGGCAAUAAAACCUAAGACAGGAAUGGAAAAGAUUGUAAUGACUUCGGAGUGCUUAAAAGUAAGAGGGCACAUAGUUGCUGCUGUUUUGCGAAACGUCACUUUAACGCAGGAUUCGUACAACAGUUUUAUCGAUCUUCAAGAUAAAUUGCAUCAGAACAUAGGGAGGAAGCGCAGUCUGGUCUCUAUCGGUACGCACGACUUGGAUACAAUUAAAGGCCCAUUCUUGUACGAUGCGCGGCCUCCGUCGGAGAUACGUUUCAAGCCGCUCAAUCAGACUAAAGAGUACACAGGAGAAGAAAUCAUGGAAUUAUAUGCAACGCAUGCACAACUCAAACAAUAUUUGCCCAUCAUAAAAGACAGUCCUGUGUACCCAGUGGUUUACGAUAGCAAUGGGGUUGUUUUAUCCCUUCCUCCUAUCAUUAACGGAGAUCACACGAAGAUCACGCUCAACACGAAAAAUAUUUUCAUUGAAUGUACCGCAACUGAUCUUACCAAGGCAAGGGUAGUGGUGGACACUAUAGUCUGCUCCUUUAGUCAAUAUUGUAAGACGAAAUAUACAGCUGAAAUUGUGGAAGUGAUAUAUCCCGAUAAUCGACUUUUUUAUUAUCCGGAGUUGAAAUAUCGGAUGGAAGAGAUAGACCACAAUACGGCGAUAAACUAUAUCGGCAUCAAGCGAACGCCAGAGCAGGUUGCGCAGUUACUGUCGAAAAUGUCCCUGAAAACUGACGUAAAGAAUAAUGAUAAAUUAAUGGUGGAGAUACCACCGACAAGACACGAUGUGAUACACUCUUGUGAUAUUUACGAAGACAUCGCGAUCGCCUACGGAUACAAUGAGAUAGAAAAGACCAUACCGCAUAUGUCGACUAUCGCAGAAGAGUUUCCGUUGAAUAAACUUACUGAUCAAAUACGAAUAGAAUUAGCACAGGCGGGAUUCACCGAAGCGCUAACCUUUUCUCUGUGUUCACGUGAAGAUGUGGCGGACAAGUUGGGACACAAAAUCGACAAUAUACCAGCGGUUCACAUAUCUAAUCCGAAAACUCUCGAGUUCCAGGUUGCGCGUACUUCACUCUUACCGGGAUUACUUAAGACGAUAUCUGCGAACAAAAAAAUGCCGCUGCCUCACAAACUGUUUGAGGUGUCCGAUGUUGUACUGCGGGACGAUACGGCGGAAGUCGGCGCGCGCAAUAUACGUCACUUAUGCGCGGUGUAUGCCAAUAAAUCUGCUGGUUUUGAGAUCAUUCACGGCUUGGUAGAUAGAGUGUUAUUAUUGUUAGAAGUGCCAUGGAGUACCAAUAAAAAUGAGGAUGGAUAUUAUCUGCGUGCAGCUGACGAUCCAACAUACUUCCCGCAACGAUGCGCUGAAAUUGUCUGUUACGGCAAAGUGAUAGGGAAGAUGGGAGUUUUACAUCCUGAUGUACUUUCCAAGUUCGAAUUGAACGUUCCGUGCUCCGCAAUGGAAAUGAACAUCGAACCAUUUGUAUAAUGCACAUAAAUACAUGUAAAUAAUGUAAACCUGUCACAUCUAACAAAAAGAAAAAUAAAAGUCUGUAGACUGCA